AUGUCAUUCUUAGGCAGAGGGGCGUCGGAACGUCGAAAGACUUCCACCUACAAUAAGGCGUCCAGUCGCCGAGAGCAGAAGAAGAGCGUGCGGUUCAAUGAUACGAAGGAGGAAGAAGAUCCGAGGCGAGGCGCUCGAUCAAGUCGCCAUCCUGGGACAUCGCGCCGUGGACGCUCGAACGUCGAUGUUCAAGAUGUCGAAUAUGAACAAGAAGUGACUACUCUUCCAGAUGGCACAAAGGUGCUCCAAGGCUGCAUCAAUACCGGCGGAAUCGACCAGAACGAUGUCUUCCUGAUCUGCAACGACUGCAACCAGCGGAUGACCUGCGGCUGCCACAGCAAACGCAAGGGCUCCGGGGCGAAGCCCUCCAAAGCUGCAAGCUCCACGAAGGAAGCCAAAUCAUACCUCAACACAGAACUUGACCUCCUCGACCAGCAGUUCGCUGAUCUUCACGACCGUCUCGACUCAAUCAAUCGCGCAAGGAGCGUUGACCACAUCCAUACAGCCACAGAAGAGGCUGAGAGUAUCCGCACAUACCUCAAGAUCGUAACGCGAGACGUGGAGGACGUGAUCGACCGCACCAGAAACGCGAGUUUUGUGGCCCACAGGGAGAGACGGAACGCGACUGGCACAGUCGAAUCCGGGGACGACGAGAAGGCAGGCCUGAAGCAUGUGACUGCAGCCACGCAGACCAAUGAAAUGGCCUCUAGAAGUGUAUCACCUGAGGCAGCCUUCGUUGGCACGGCUUCGCCCCCUGCCUCGGCCGGGCCUAGCAAGUCCAACAUCAGCCUGGAGAAGGCGGGCGAGAUCGAGGCUGCUCAGGCAGAGAUUGCUGGUCAUCAAGCUGGCGUGGAACCUCCUUAUCCCUUCAACAACUAG